CAUUUUACAUCCAUGUUUUUUAUUUGCGAUUUCAGAUUAGAGUCAUAACAAAAAACUGACAAAAUGGUCAUCAAAACAGUUGUGCAGGACAAAUCGCUUAUCGAGAGCCAGGUCAGCGCCGCACGCUUCUCCCCGCUCACGAGACAGGUUUUGGCGGCAACGGGACCGAUCAUAUCGAGUGCUGCGGCCGGCAUGACCAAUGGCUUCUCGGCGAUCCUGCUGCCUCAGCUCCAGCGACCGGAGAGUUCCAUCCAGAUCACCAGCGACCAAUCCUCGUGGAUCGCCUCGAUGGCGCCGCUCCCGAUGGCGGCCGGAUGUUUGCUCGGUGGCUUUCUGAUGGAGAAGUUUGGCCGCAAAGUGACGCACCUAGUCUUGAACGUUUCCUUCGCCGUCGGAUUCUGCGUGUUAUCAAUGGCGUCGUCGUACGAUAUGAUACUGGCGGGAAGAUUUAUUACCGGGUUUAGUUGCGGCCUAAUUGGUCCUCCGGCGUCUGUUUACAUUGCGGAGACGUCUCACCCUAAGUACCGUGGUAUUUUAUUGGCCGGAGUCACAUUUGCGGUAUCGUUCGGGAUAUUUAUCUCGCACUUGUUCGGGACGUUCUUCCACUGGAAGAUGGCGGCCUUGUACUGUUCGUUCUUUAUGGCCGUAAGCUAUCUCUUUGUGGCGCUUUGCCCGGAAAGCCCUUCAUGGUUACUUUCGAAGGGCAAGACAGGCGAAGCCGAGGCCUCCUUCCGGUGGCUUAGAGGUCACGAUGCCGACGCGUUGAAAGAAUUUCAAGAUAUGGCUUCGAGCUACUCACCCGCAGGAGAAUCUCAAGAACCAAAACCAACCCUGCUUCAAAAUAUUUCCAAAAAGGAGUUUGUUCUCCCCCUCCUAAUUCUGCUGGUAUUCUUCUUCACAAUGCAGUUCUCCGGAGUAAACAUUGUUGCGUUCUAUUCGAUCUCGCUGAUGCAAACAACCAUCGGCUCCAACAUCAACGAGUACCUUGCGAUGCUCAUAGUCGAUUUAGUAAGAGUCAUAACCUCUCUAGUGGCCUGUAUGCUGCUAAGGGUCGUCGGCAGACGUCCGCUAGCCAUGCUCAGUGGCUGUGGAACAACCAUCAGCCUGGCCGGACUUUCAAUCUUCCUGUACUUCCAAACGAGCAUCCCCGUGUACCAGAAUCUCUCCUGGAUGUCGCUCAUCUUCCUCAUCAGCUACAUCAUCUUCGUCGGCAUCGGUCUCUUCCCCCUGCCCUGGUGCAUGAGCGGUGAAAUCUUCCCGGUCGCGACCCGCGGCAUCGGUUCCGGCCUUACAUCCUCCUUCAACUUCAUCUCAUUCUUCGUGGUCAUCAAAACCGGUCCCUCCCUGUUUGCCGCCUUCGGCACCAACGGAACGUUCAUGAUCUACGGUAUCAUCUCCCUGCUCGGCGCUCUCGUCCUCUACAUGAUCCUCCCGGAGACGAAGAAUCGGACCCUCCAGCAGAUCGAGGAAGCGUUCCGAUCCGGUUGGCGAACGUCCGAGAGUAAGACACCUGUUCCCGGACCGACGGAGCAAAGUAAGGCGUAACUUUAGACCUUGCAUGAGAACCUAGAAGUACUUAUCGCCACGGAUGGAAACUCAAAGUCGUAAUCUUUCGUUAGGCUUAGAUCGAACGGGUGAAGCGUUCACGUAUUAUGGGACGGUUACGCUGGGAGGUGCCGGCAGGGCGUGGACGGUUCAGAAGGAUCGGAUAGGUGACGUUGAGUGUGGGUUGGCUGGUCCGAGCGGGACGUCGUCGUUGUCACGGUUGUGCAAUAUGAGUUGAUUGAGUGUUU